CCACACCUCCUACUGCUCCCGUAUCUCCCAUUAUAGGAUCAAAUGGGAUGGAGACGUUGAAUGAAGAGGAUGAAUCUCACGAUAGCCCGACGUCAAAAUCCGAAGACAAAACGGUGAUAGAAUGUUCUGACAGAAUGGACGACGAUGUGUUCACGUCAGAGCCCGAAAUGUCAUCAGAACAGACACUCAUCACAAAAGGAGUAGAACUGAAAGACUCAACCGAGAAUACCUUAUUGCUUAGUGAUACGUAGGAGUCGUUCAUGUAGCCUAAAUGUUUAGAGUCCUAAUUUUGUAAUGCUUCUGACCCAAGAAUUUCACAAGGCUUUCAGGUUGGCCACGGAAUUGUAUGGGGUAUUUACUUUAUUUUUGAUCACUGUAAGUGUACCUUGUACUAAUCGGUCAAACGGUAAGAAUAAUGAUUAUAUGUACAAAACUGAUUGAUUUUACA